CCAAGGGUGCGGAGUGUACGCGAGAGAGGUUUAGUCACGAUGCGCUCCGAAUGGCCUUGCGGGUUUCGAGCUGAGGAAUGCAAGUACUCUGUCUCGAUUCUGCAAGCAUGGGAAAUGGACCCUGCCAGCCCUAAAGAAUUGGAGACUAUGAUGAAUGCCUGAGUCUCCAGCGGAAAGGGAACAACUGCGUUGUGUAAUCCAUUUUUUCGUUGCUUUUUAUGUUUUUUUUCUUUCUUUUCUCCUUUUCUUUUUCUUUCUUUCUCGUGCUCGGAUUACGGAUAUAUGCCGGCCGCCUCCAGUGAGUUAGGUGCGCGUGGUGUCUGGCCCUCGCAGAUGUGGACGGAGGGAGUGUUGAAUGAGGCCCUGGACUCAUGCAGACCUUUUUUUUUUUCUCCUUCCUUACUUCAAAGUACCUGGGUAGCGAGAUAGUCCGAGGCAGAUGGCAAGGCGCUCAGUGGUUAUCGUCCGAACCUGAGUUGGAGUAGACGGGAAGUCGGACUUGACAGGCCUGUCAAGACUCACCUUGCAGGGAGACUGCCUGGUGCGUUGGCCUGUGGGGCGGAGUCUUUUAGUCUGUGCCCACACCUAUUCCUAAGGUAAGUAGGUACCGUACAUUGGGGAGGUACCGAGGUACCUAGGUAUCUAUGUAGGUAUGUAUGUAGUUUAGUCCGCAGCAGCUCUCAAUCCGCAAUGACAUCCAAUCCACCGUCACCAUCAUCACCAUCACCACCACUCGUAGCCUGAUCGCCAUGGCAAUGCGGCUCGCGACGCUCCUCCCAUCCGAGUCGGAAAAGUGACCGAUCCAAGUGCGGUUCCUUCAUUGGCGGUGUCGGGGGAACGCAAUACAAGGGGCGCGAUCACGCCUACCAACGGCCAGAAAACGACGUCCCCGGACCCUGCAUUGAGAGAGAGCAUGAAUCGGGAUCUGGACCACGACGCCCUUGGUCUCCAGCGCCCAUCACCAUCACCAUCGUCGUCGUCACGAACAAAGCGCGUUCUGUCGCGGGGUCCAGACACGUACUGGGGAGUGACUCACGACGAGGGGCCAAGACCUCCGCCGUCGAAGAGGGGGUGGGUGGGUGGUCUCGUCCUGCGGCGGCCUCUGCUAGGCUGCAAGACCAUCUCGGCCGGCAUCGUCGCAGGCCAUUGGCUCCGGACCGCAGAACCACCCAUGCGACGCAUUUUGCGAUGAUCCCUGAGAUCGUGGGCAGGUGCAACUUGCAAGAACAGGUUUGAGGCAACGCAUCGAGUGAGGCAGAGAGGAAGGGGCUGCAGGAAAGGACCGCACAGCGCCAAGCAGAACCCCGUCGAGUCUCGUCGGACUCUCCAAAUACCGUCUCUCGAGUCUCGAUCAGAUCGCGACUCGCGAUUCGUCCUCUGCAGACAUCCUCUGCAGACAGCCUCUGGAGGAGCGAGCAGACAGCCACGCACGCAAUUGAGCGCUUCGCCCCUCCUGCUCCUCUUCGUCUUCCCCCCUCCUCCGUUUGCGAAUACGCAUAGUGGCAGAUGCAAAAGCGCGCGCAGUGUCAAUCUACUUGUGAGCCAGAGUUGGGCGAACCAGUCUCUCGGGUACUCAAACCACUUCGGCGAACCAUUUUCUCAGACACACACACGCGACAGUACACGCAGCACACCAAUCGAAUUAAGGCGUCCAGGCUGAAAAUUCGGAUUAAGGCAACCGGACAGGAAACGAGUUUGUUUCUGCCUUGUUGGCUUCGCUGGCCCUGCACCGCCUCGGCGACUCGGAGCACUGCGCCAAUGGGGACAUGGCCUGCCACCGAGAAAUCCAAAUCGAGUGAAGCAGUGCCUCCUCUCCCUUCUGUACGUAUGGCUGGAUGGCUGGAUGCGGCAAGAUUCGGAUCAGUCAGCAGAUAUGGGAGUUGAUUCCUGGCAAUGGC